AUCUGUAGACAUCGAUUGCAAUGUUAGUAAUGUUUUGUCAUUUGUUUAUGUCUUAAAUGUUUGACUUUUUUUGUUAACACUUGAAGUGAACUGAGUUUAUAAUAAUGAAUGGUAUGAAUGAUAGUCAUUGUGUCGAUGAUAACAAAACACCGAAAGUGGACACAGAUAUGGAUGAAGACAUAGAAGAACACACAAGUGAAGAAUUGAUGCAAUUGAAAGUCAAAGCAAUUGAACUGAAGAAUGAGGGAAACGACAACUUUAAGAAAGAAAUAUUCGACAAAAGUAUUGGUUUAUAUACCGAAGCCCUCGAUAUGUGUCCCCUCGUCUUUGUCACCGAUCGGUCCGUUAUGUAUAGCAACCGAUCGGCCGCUCUCUUACAUUGCGACCGACGCCAGGAAGCACUCGAUGACUGCACCGCUGCUAUUGAUUUGAACAACAAUUACAUCAAACCAUUGUUAAGAAGAGCUCAGAUAUAUAGACAAAUGAGUGACAAAUUGGAUGAUUCGCUGAAAGAUUACCAAAGAGUAUUUGAAUUGAACCCAAAGUGUACCGAAGCAAUGGUUGCCAUCAAUGAAUUGCAGAAAGAAAUCAAUGAAAGAAAUGAGAAAUUGAAGACAGAAAUGAUGUCUAAAUUGAAAGACUUGGGAAAUCUGGUGCUUCGGCCCUUUGGUAUGUCUACUGAUAACUUCAAACUCACACAAAAUGCUGAAACCGGCGGAUAUUCUGUUAAUUUUCAAAAUAAUUGA